AUGAGUUGCAAUGGAUGUAGGGUUCUACGCAAAGGAUGCGACGAGGAUUGCACCCUUCGGCCAUGUCUAGUUUGGAUCACAUCUCCUGAAUCACAAGCCAAUGCCACCCUCUUUCUUGCCAAGUUUUAUGGUCGUGCCGGCCUACUUAAUCUAAUCAAUGCCGGCCCUCAUCACCUUCGUCCCGAUAUAUUUAGAUCAUUAUUGCACGAGGCUUGUGGUAGGGUCAUUAACCCAACAUAUGGUUCGCUCGGAUUGAUAUGGUCCGGUAACUGGGAGCAAUGUCAAGCCGCGGUCGAGUCAGUUCUCCAAGGCUCUACAAUCAUGCGACUUAAUACUAAUAACAAUAACCAUGAUUAUGUUGCAUCUCAAAAUUCCGUUAUGCCACUUGAGGGUUGUGACAUACGCCAUCUCUCCAAGGAUCCUAGAGAUGAGGACCACCGCGAGAAGAUGCGUAAGAGGUUCAAAAGGCCACGUGGGGGUUCUAGCUCCACCUGUGGUGGUGGUGAGACGGAUGCGAACCGAGCUCAUAGUCAUGACUCCUUGUCUGCUGAGACUGUGGAGGCUAGUUUAUUGGACCAGGUUGAUCAAAAGAAGAGUGACUGUGAUCCAAAUGGAGCUCUAAUCUCAUGGAACUCAUCCUCCCAUUUCUGUAAUUGGAGUGGUGUUUCAUGUGGGAAGCACCAUAGAAGAGUGACUGUGAUACAAAUAGAGUCAGGAGGCCUGCAAGGCUCAUUGUCUCCUCACGUAGGAAAUCUGAGCUUCCUUCGGGUGUUGUCGCUUUCGAACAACAGCUUUCAUGGAACCAUCCCUCAUGAGCUUGGUCAGCUUUCAAGACUACGUAUUCUUUAUUUGUACGAAAACAAAUUCAGCGGAGUCAUUCCUACUAACUUGUCUCGUUGUUUUAACCUUGAAGCGCUUUCGCUUGGUGGUAAUAAGCUAGUUGGAAUCAUAUCUAUGGAGAUCAGUUUCCUCUCCAAUCUUAUUUUACUUUCAGUGAAUGAUAAUAACUUAACUGGAGGAAUUUCACCUUUCUUGGGGAAUCUUACAUCGUUAGAAGUAUUCUCUAUUCCAGGCAAUCCAUUGGGUGGGAGCAUUCCAGACACCUUAAGUUGCUUGAAAAGCUUAAGCUUAUUUUACGCCAGUGAAUGUAACUUACAUGGAACCAUUCCUCGCUCCAUUUAUAACCUCUCGCUCCUAACAAGAAUUUCUUUGUCAGUGAAUCGACUUACGGGUAAUCUUCCUCUAAAAAUUGGGUCAAUGCUCCCAAAUCUUCAAGGUAUUCAAUUACGAGACAAUCAAUUUUCCGGUCUUCUUCCCCCGUCAAUGUCUAAUUGUUCUAAAUUAGAAUAUCUUGAAACAAGUUACAACAAUUUUAGUGGGAAGUUGACGAUUGACUUUGCAAAUCUAAAAGAUAUUUCUUAUAUAUCUUUGCAAAAUAACAACUUCAAUGGAGGUGGAGAUCCAAAUGAAAUGAAGAUUAUUGAUUCUUUGGGAAACUGCAGCAAAUUAGAAGAAUUGGCCCUUGGUAGUUGCAACUUUCAAGGAGUAGUCCCAGCAUCAAUCGGUAAUCUUUCUAAUCAACUCAGUCGUCUGUCUUUAGAAAGAAAUCAAUUAUAUGGAAGCCUCCCUUCAAGUAUAGGUAAUCUAGUUGGCUUGACCGCUUUAGGUUUAUCCACAAACCGAUUCACAGGAAAAAUCCCUUCUACCAUCGGCAUGCUUCGAAAGCUACAAGGGGCUUAUCUAGAUGAAAAUCAAUUUACAGGGCCAAUUCCAUCUGCAAUAGGGAACUUAUCAAUAUUGAAUUUGAUUUACUUAAGUUCCAACAUAUUGGAAGGGGAUAUCCCACCAACUAUAGGGAAUUGUUAUCAGCUCCAGGGGUUGGCCCUUCAGAACAAUAAACUAAAUGGCAAAAUACCUAAACAACUGUUUCAACUUACUUCCCUAUUCUUCCUAUAUCUUUCAUAUAAUAAUCUUUCUGGUUCACUUCCAACUGAGGUUCAAAAUCUCAAGUCUUUGAAUGAUCUGAUUAUAUCUUAUAAUCACAUAUCGGGUAGCAUUCCGAGUAGCUUAGGAGGUUGUACUAGCCUUUCCUACUUAUACAUCAAUGACAACUUUUUUGAAGGAAUCGUACCACCGUCAUUAAGUUCCAUAAAAGGAGUGGAAAGAAUCGAUCUUUCUCAUAACAUUUUAUCAGGCCAAAUUCCUCAGUUUUUAGAACGGUUCUCCUUAGAAUAUUUGAACCUAUCCUUUAACAACUUUGAGGGAGAAGUACCGGUGAAAGGAGUGUUUGCCAAUGCAAGUGCAUUCUCAAUUUGGGGAAACAAUAGGCUUUGUGGUGGGUUGGUUGAGUUAAGAUUACCCAAAUGCAAGAUGGCAAAGAAACAUCACAAAAGAUUCCCAUUGUUCAUUAUACUCAUUUUAGUUUCUUGUACGCUAUUUUCCAUAUUAUUUUUUGUUGGUGCUUGGUUUAAAAAGAAAAAUAAUGACGAACCGUCUCAAUCAUCCACAAAUGAAAGGUUCUUAAAAGUUUCGUACAAUCAACUCCUCAAGGCUACCGAUGGCUUCGCUGAGGCAAACUUGAUUGGCCAAGGUAGCUCAAGCUCUGUUUAUAAAGGGACCCUUGAUUACGACGACACAUUAGUUGCAGUAAACGUUCUAAAUCUUCAAAUUCGGGGAGCUCACAAACGCUUUAUAGCAGAGUGUGAAACAUGGCGAAGUAUUCGACACCGAAAUUUGUUGAAGAUAAUAACUUCAUGUUCUAGUGUUGACUUUAAAGGCAACGAUUUCAAAGCUUUGGUUUACGAGUUCAUGCCAAAUGGGAGCUUACAUGAUUGGUUGCAUUCAAAUGCAAAUAUAUCUAAAUUAGACCUAUUUCAAAGAAUUAAUAUUCUCAUCGAUGUGGCAUCUGCACUUGAUUAUCUUCAUAACCAGUGUUUACCUACCGUUGUUCAUGGAGACAUUAAGCCUAACAAUAUUCUACUUGAUAAUGAUAUGAUGGCGCAUGUUGGAGACUUUGGUUUGGCUAAACUGUUUGGAACAAAUUCAAACCAAAGCAGCUCAACUGGGGUUAAAGGAACAAUUGGAUAUGCACCUCCUGAGUAUGGUUUGGGGAGUAAGAUGACAAGUAGUGGGGAUGUCUACAGCUUUGGAAUAUUAUUACUAGAAGUUAUGACGAGGAAAAAGCCGAUAGAUGACAUAUUUAACGAAGACCUUAGUCUUCAUAAGUUUGCUCAUGUGGCCUUGCUAGACCAAGUAAUGGAAGUUAUUGAUGGUGAUAUUGUUUCCAUGCAAAGUACCGAAGCGAAUGCACCAAAACUAGAAGAAUGUUUGGCUUCAACUAUCAAGAUUGGAGUAUCAUGCUCCGUAGAUUCCCCAUUACAACGUAUGAAUGUCAACAAUGUUGUCCAUGAAUUGUUGCAUGUUCGGCAUUCCCUUCAAAAUCUUGAGGUCUAAUUAAUACCAGCCUUCAAAGUAGCUGUAAUAAGGAGCGACCUAUGUUAUGGUUAAAUAUGUGUUACUUUUUUUAUUUGUGUAAAGACAUGUGGUUUAACU